UGCAAGCACUAUGAAUAGUCAUUGAAAAUUUCCGAGAAGGUAGGUAAAACGAAAGUAGUUCAUACAUUGUAGUAACCCUUAGCUAAAGAAGAUGUGAAAAGUGACAAUAGAUCAAACUUAUACUGAUCAAGAGUGCACCACACAAGAGCGACAAUGAUAAAAUGCAUCAUUGUGUAGCUGAUCUCCACAAUGUUGAGUGAAUAUAAUCGCAAAUCACGCCUUCGCCCUCGGUCAGCUCAGUCUCCGCGACCCUACAGGGUGUACACGUACAAUAACGAUUACUAUGGUAACGAAAGACCGAAGAGAUGUAAAUGGAAUGACGUUGGAAUCACACGUUCGAGUUAUAUUUGCAAAUCUUGUGUUGAUUUACGAUUAGAGAAAACUGAGUUGAUUCAUGAAAAUGAUCGGCUUCAGAACAGAGUUGAAACAAUGUUAAAGAAAAAGGAAACGGAGGUAUGGAACGAAGUCUCAAUUACACUGGACGAAUUAUACAGAGAAAACACAUCAUUGAAAGAAAAAAUUUCAGUUGAAGAAAGACGACGAAUUUCGGAAAUUAGUAGCAUUCCAUAUGAUCCGGUAGCUUGCAUUCGUGGAAGGUACUACAGAUCACUUGAAGAAAACACCGAACUAGAAAGAAAACUCAAACAUAAGGAAAAAGAGGUAUGGGACCUUAAAGAGAUUUUAGAGGAGACCGAAUCAAAACUGAAAUGGUUAAGAGAAGUUUUAACAGAGAAAGAAAUUAAUGAAGUGAAUAUGAGGCAAAAAAUCAUUGCAGGAGAAAGAAACCUUAAAAAAUGUUUCGAGGAGCUUAAAAAAUCAAGAAAAGAAUGUGAUAUUUUCUGGGCAAGCUGUCAGCAACUAACAGACGAAAAUACUCUCUUUAGAGUAGAACUUGAAGAAACAAGAAGGAGCUUGUUUUCAAGCUAUCAGCAACUAAAAGACGAAAAUACUUUCUUAAGAGGAGAACUUGAAGAAACAAGAAGGAGCUUGUUUUCAAGCUGUGAGCAACUAACAAACGAAAACACUCUUUUAAAAGAAGAACUUAAAGAAACAAAGAGGAUGUAUGAUUCACGCUGCGAGCAACUAACAAACGAAAACACUGUCUUAAAAGAAGAAGCAAGAAGGAUGCUUUCAAGAAACGAAUACUCCCCAACAGAGAUUCACAAGAGAAUACAAUCCAUUACAGAAGAAUAUCAAAAACAAAAGGACAAUAUAAAACACCAAAACGCUGGAAUCGUUGCGCCGUGGAAAUUAGAUAGCCAAUACUCAUUUCCAGCUGAGAGAGAUGACAUGGAAAUGAGGAAACGAAUAGAUUACUUGGAGAAGGAAAAUAAACGCCUUAACAGUUCUAAUAUGGAAACAGAAGUAAUAAAACGAUUUAAAGAGGAAGCAUCAAAUAAAGAAAAAGAAAUACGACGCUUGCAGGAACAAAUAAAAAAAGAAGAGAGAAAAUCUGCACAAUUGCUUGACCUUUCAGGGGAUUCAAAACGAAAAGAUAGUUUACUGCAAAGAAAAGACAGUGAGCUUCAAGAGUUGUUGCAUGAAAAUCAGCGUUUGCAAAAUGAAGUAACUCGCAUCAAAUCUGAAAAAUCAAGACAGCUCAGAGAAGAGAUUAAAUUGCUUGAAAUUGAGAGAGAACUCAACAUUAGAAAAACAGAAAUAGGUCGUUUACAUGAAAGAAUUAAACAAUUAGAAAACGAAAAUAUCUUUUUACAAAAUGAAAAAGAUCGACAUGAUUUGCAUGCAAGGAAUUCAAAUGCUGCCGACGAAGUGAAAAUAUUACAGACCGAAGCUGAAGGAAAAAAAUUAGAAAUACAGAGAUUGCAGGAUAAGUGCUCACUGCAUGAAAAUGAAAAUAAAGAUCUACAAAAGAAGCAUUCAAAGGUUUUAGAGGAGAGAGACAAUUUGUUUCAAAGAAAUCAGCGUCUGCAAGAUGAAUUUAAUAAACUCAAUGUCAAGAUUAGACAUCUUGAAGAAAACAGGAUGGAAACUACUGAUGAAUGGAAGCACUUGGAGGAAACAAAAGAUACAGUAAAGCUGUUAGAAAAAGACAAUGACCGACUAAAUCAAAACAUUGAUACUUUGUCUAAAGAGAAGGACAGUGCACUGUCAAGAUAUUUCGAAGCGGAGGAAAAUAUGAGACAUUUACAACUUGAUAUUAAAUCAAAAGGUGAAGAAAUUCAGCGCUUACAAAAACAGGUAACACUGAAACAAGGAGACAAUGAGAAACUACAAGAAAGUCUUUCAAAUAUAAGUAAAGAAAAACAACAACUGGUGGAAAGCAAUAAGCAACUUGAAAAAGUAAACGGCAAAAUGCUAUUAGCCAUGGACGAAUCGAAACGUUGGCAAGAGAAAAUAAAAGAACUACAGAAUGAAAUCAGAGAUCUACGACACGACUUAUCCAAGCAGAAGGAAGGCGCAACCAAAAGGAUAAGUGAUCUUGAGAGCGUGAACGCAAAUUAUAAUGACCAACUGCUUUUAGCUACGACCGAGUCAAAGCGUUUGCAAGGGAGAAUUAAAGAUCUGCAGAGUGAAAACAGUCGUCUACGACGUGAUAUUGAUGACUUAUCUAAACAGAAAGAAGACGCGCUUACGAGGUUAAGCAAAGUAGCUGGUGCUAAGUUAACACAUGGAAAUGCAGCAAUAACAGAUCUAAGUGACACAGAUCGUCCCACGAAGUUAGCAGAGAAAUUUUCGGAACUUUAUGACAAUGCAUGGACGGAUGCUUUUGAGGAACUAGAUAAUACUUUCCACAAUGAAGAAGAAACGAUUAAAGUUCUACUUCGAAUUUUUCAGGAGGCAUACAAAUUUUGCGUAGAAACAGAAAAUAAUUACGAAACGAGAAUUGGACAGGCAGUUUUCACAUUAGCCAGCAAAACGGUGAGCCAUCAAAUAAAAAAUGAAAACGUUGAGAUAAAGAAAGUUCUUGCUGAUCUAAGGAUCUCACUUAGCCCUGCUUGUUGUUCGGUCAUUGAAGAGAUGGUGCUAUCCAAACUCCCGUCCAUCUUGAAAAGUAUUGACGUUGCUGCAUGCCCAUUGACCAAGUUGUACGCUCGCCAGUGUGCAAGUCUCAGUUGGAAGAUGAGAAUCCGGGAUCCGCCCCUUUUUGUGCGGUUUGAGUUUAGAUGUGGAUCGACAUUCAACGCGGACGUACUGAAGAGGUAUACAAAAACCGGCGGAUACCUAGACUUUCUUGUCUGGCCAACUCUUUACUUGCAAGAAAAUGGCCCAGUUUUGGCGAAAGGUGUGGCUCAACCAAAGAUUGCACCAUAACUCCUAUUUUUAACUGCAUUUGUAGAUAAACAUUUUGAAGUAUAGAAUCUAUAAUAAUUUGUAUUACGUUUGAUAUGUAUAUGUGUCAUUUAAUAUAACUAAUAAUUUUAUUUAUUGUUUACUUUAAUAUAUCUAUAUAUUUGUUCCAAUUAGAUGUAGUCUGUCUAUGUAUUUAUUUGGGGUGGUAGGAGGGGAGGAUAAGAUUUGAAGACUUUUUUCAGGGUUUGAAGGGGGAUUAAAAUUUGGACAGGUUCAGUGUCUUCAUUACUUAUUGCACAAAUAUAAAAUAUAAAUAUGUUUGUAUAAACCACAGUAGUAUUUACUUUGCAAAUACCAGGCGUCUCGGAUCCCCUUUACGACCCCGACUUAAUCUGCACAUGCUGUAUGGUGUUCCCAGUAUAUGAUUAAUCAUCACAGUACUAGAAUAUCAUUUGUGUGUAAUUUUUUUUAUUUGUAGAUUAUAGAAUAUCAUGUUUAUCCUUCACGGUGUACUGAAAUGAAUAAAUAUUAAUCACACUUUGUU